AUGUAUUCUUUGUUCACUGCACUGGGAACUGAUAUCUCAGCUUUAGCAUUAGAUAUGGACUCCGAGGCUGAAUUUGUACCGCCACAUCUUCGUACCUCUAUUAUUAAAGAUGAAGAUGUGAAUUUACCUCAUCUUUUGCUGCCUGUUGGUAGUAGUAGUGUCUCAUAUCGAGAUGAAGCUGAUACAACACUGGUUGUUUUACGUGAACCAUCCGAUCCACGUUUGUUGAAGGCUCUGUCAAUUACUGAAUUUGUCGCCACCUUUGUUCGCUAUGCUUCUAUCAUGAUUUGUGCACGUCCUUCACGCCGUAACGACUUGAUGUCACAUCUUGCGAUCAUUGUUAAUUUAUUUUGUCGUUUCGGUGGAAAUGCGUUCUAUUCGUACGAUCAAGCCUUCGCUGCUAAAGCUGCUCUUUAUUUAUCUCAAAAGAACAUCAAACUAGAUUGA